CAGUGUCAAUUUUUCCAUUUUUUUUUUAAAUUUCUACAUUCUCGUACAAAAAAAAUGGAGGAAAAACCAAGAAAGUUUAUGAUUUGUGGCUUGUUUGUCAACAGUGGUUUUCAAAUGUGCAAAUUUCUUGUUAAUAAAUUGCACAAUUCGUAUCCGCAACAUUUUUCCAUACCGAUUGUUAGAGGAAUGCUGGAUGUACAGUGGGAUGAGUACAUACUGAAGAUGAAGCGAAAAUUGGGCGAAAACUUGUGGUGUUUAACUGGAAACGUUGUAGUUUUCUUGAAUGACGAAUUCGUUGGAGACGAAACUACACUUAUUAGUUUUUUAGCAAGCACAUAUAAAAUAAAUCUUACUUUUAACUGGCAUGAAAUAGGAAUUUGUGCUUUAAAAAAUCAUCUCUUAAGCAUCACCGACAAAUGCAGGCAAAUGGUAUAUUUUACAGUGACUAUCAACAGGAAAAACGUUGGUACAAUGCUAUUUGAAUUGUACAACGACUUGGUUCCAAUAACAUGUCAAAAUUUCUUGAGAAAAUGUGAAUCUAAAACUAACGAGGGUUAUCGAAAUAAGCAAAUACACAGGGUAGUGAAGCACAGUUUUAUUCAAUGCGGAGGCUUCUCUUGGCCGAGAAUGAACCAACGUUGUGAAAAUUAUUUCGUUUCCCACGACAAACGUGGCAUUUUGGGCAUGUGCAACAAACAGCGACACAACAACAACACUUCGCAAUUCUACAUCACUUUGGAACCCACAUUUUGGAUGGAUCGUCGGUUCGUUGCGUUUGGACAAUUGAUACAAGGCAAUCACGUUCUGAAGAAAAUCGAACAGGUGGCGACGAAGAAAGAAUCUCCACUUCCGGAGAUUUUAAUCAUCCGCAGUGGCGAGUACAAAGUGGAAGCAGGCAAAUACGAAUCGGAAUUGUACCAAAAAGAAACGAUCGAAGAUUUCAUGGAAACUAGUGAAAACGAUCUUGACAACAUAUUUUCGGAACCACCCUCCUGCAUCAACAUUAGCAAAAAGCAACACGGAUUUUAUGGAUUGAACACGGACGUCGUCAAGCACAAACUUGAGUUGCAAUCGAUAUUUUCUAGCUACAUGGCAAGAAUUUUGAAAAGACAAAGUUUGGGCGAAGGAGAGGAACACAGCUUCGACUUAGAGGCCUUUAAAAUUAAUCGUAUGGUGAACGAUCAGAGUAAUUCAAGUGAAUAUUCUUCGCUACUUACAUUAUGAUUUAUGUUAUAUUAAAUAAUAAUAUAUUAUUUUUGUUUAA